AUGCCUGUCUAUCAUCAUCAACAAUCUCAAACUCAUCUUCUUCCAUGGCCUCUCCUUUUCCUACCAUUUCUUUUACCAGUUUCCUCCCUCAACUCACAAGGACAGACCCUCCUGUCCUGGAGCCUCAUCGGCGCCGGCGCCGGAGCCGGCGGCUGGGACGCCGGCGACCCGACCCCCUGCCGGUGGCCGGGGGUCGGCUGCAACUUCAACAAUGAAAUUAUUAAUAUCGAUCUAAGGUACAUUGACAUACCUGGAGGAGUAGUCCCUUCCAACUUCACAUCCCUCAACACAUUGAUCAAACUCGUCGUGUCCGGGGCCAAUCUGACGGGGCAGAUUCCCUCCGAGAUCCUUGGAGGGCUCCCCGAAUUGAAAAUUUUGGAUUUGAGUGAUAACGGGCUGACCGGAGUGAUUCCCGAUUGGAUUUUCCGAUUGCCGAAGCUGGAGAAGCUGCUGCUCAAUGCGAAUCGUCUCGAAGGAUCGGUUCCUGAUUCGAUCGGGAACCUGACGGCGCUCGUCGAGCUCGCCGUCUUCGAUAAUCGUCUCAGUGGCCGGAUUCCGGCCAGCAUUGGGGAUUUGAAGAGGCUGCAGGUGAUCAGAGCCGGUGGGAAUAAGAAUCUCGAAGGUCCGGUCCCGCCGGAGAUUGGGAAUUGUACGGAAUUAGCGAUGUUAGGUCUGGCGGAGACGAGCGUUUCAGGAGCUCUGCCGGCGGCAAUCGGACGGUUGAAGAAGCUCGAGACUUUGGCGAUAUAUACUUCGCUCAUCUCGGGAUGGAUACCAGAGGAAAUCGGGGACUGCAUUGCCUUGAGGAAUGUUUAUCUGUAUGAAAACUCAUUGUCGGGAUCGAUUCCGUCACAGCUCGGGAAGCUCCGGAGUCUGCAGAGCUUGCUGCUAUGGCAGAACAAUCUUGUCGGGACGAUCCCGCCGGAGAUCGGGAGGUGCAGAGAAUUGAUUAUCGUCGAUUUGUCGAUGAACUCUCUGACAGGGAGCAUACCGGCGUCGAUCGGAAAUCUGAGCUGCCUGCGCGAGCUGCAGGCGAGCCUGAACCAAAUUUCCGGCGAGAUUCCGGCGGCGAUUGGGAACUGCACGGCUCUGACGCAUAUCGAGCUCGACAACAAUCAGAUCGCCGGAAGCAUUCCUCCGGAGUUAGGGAACCUGCCGAACUUGACGCUGUUGUUCCUAUGGCAGAACCGGCUGGAGGGGAAUAUUCCGGCGAGUUUGUCAGCCUGUCGAAAGCUGGAGGCGAUCGACCUGUCGCAGAACAGUCUGAUCGGGAAUAUUCCGGGAGGUGUCUUCGACUUACAGAAUCUGAACAAACUGUUGCUGCUGUCGAACAAUUUAUCCGGCAGCAUCCCGCCGGAGAUCGGGAACUGCUCAUCGUUGAUCCGGUUCCGGGCGGGGAAUAAUAAGCUGACGGGAAAUGUGCCGCCGGAGAUCGGGAGGUUGAAGAAUCUGAACUUUCUGGAUCUUGGAUUGAAUCGGCUAUCGGGGAGCAUACCCGUCGAGAUAUCCGGGUGCCGGAAUCUCACAUUUCUCGAUCUCCAUUCAAAUUUUAUAGCGGGAAACUUACCGGCGAAUUUAAACCGUCUCGUGAAUCUUCAAUUCCUCGACAUUUCGGAUAAUCUUAUAGAAGGUGCAUUGAGUCCGUCUCUCGGCUCGUUGAAUUCCGUCACUAAAUUCGUCGUUAGGAAGAACAAGAUGUCUGGGUCGAUCCCAAGUGAACUCGGUUCAUGUUCCAGGCUGCAGUUACUUGACUUAAGCGACAAUUCGUUCGACGGCCGGAUUCCGGGGGCCUUGGGGACGAUUCCGGCUAUGGAAAUCUCCCUGAAUUUGAGCUGUAAUAAACUCACCGGUGGAAUCCCGAUGGAGUUCGCGCAGCUCGAUAGGCUAGGAGCGUUGGAUAUUUCUUUCAACGAGCUUUCCGGCGACCUUCAUUACAUAUCCGGCCUUCAAAACCUCGUCGUUCUCAACGUCUCCCACAACAACUUCACCGGGGACAUACCCGACACUCCGUUCUUCGCCAAGUUACCGCUCAGCGCCUUAUCUGGAAACCCCGAGCUGUGCUUGUCUCAAAACGGAUGCGACGGCGGCAGCGGCGAUCCGCGCAGCCGCGGCAAAGCUGCAAGGGUAGCAAUGGUGGUUCUUCUCUGUAUAGCAUGUGUGCUGUUGUUAUCGGCACUGUACAUUAUCCUCGGAGGAAGAAUCCCGUCACACAAGUUCGAUUCCAGCGUCGAGGGGGGUGCGGAGCUAGGCCCCCCGUGGGAAGUCACACUGUACCAAAAGCUCGACUUGUCCAUCAUCGACGUCGCCAAGUGUUUGACGGACAUCAACGUGAUCGGGCACGGCCAGUCGGGGACAGUCUACCGAGCAACGAUCGGGUUGGGAUCCACCGUCGCCGUAAAACAAUUUCGCGUCUCCGACAAGCACUCGGCGUCGACGUUCUCGUCGGAGAUAGCUACGUUAGCCCGUAUCCGUCAUCGAAACAUAGUCCGGCUGCUCGGAUUCGCCGCCAACAGGAAGAACAAGCUGUUGUUCUACGACUACUUGCCGAAUGGAACGUUAGCCGCACUGCUGCACGACGGCUGCAGUGGGAGAGUCGACUGGGAGAUUCGAUUCAAGAUAGCUUUGGGAGUCGCCGAAGGCCUUGCGUACUUACACCACGACUGCGUGCCGCCGAUACUCCACCGUGACAUCAAGACGGAUAACAUACUCCUCGGAGAUAGGUACGAGCCGUGUUUAGCAGACUUCGGACUCGCCAGGUUUCUCGAGGACGAUACGCCGUCCUUCUCCGCAUACCCGCAAUUCGCGGGCUCGUACGGAUACUUUGCUCCCGAAUAUGCAUCCAUGGUGAAAAUAACCGAGAAGAGCGACAUAUACAGCUACGGCGUGGUGCUGCUAGAGAUCAUAACCGGGAAGAAGCCAGUCGACCCGUCGUUGCCGGAAGGGCAGCACAUUGUCCAGUGGGCAAGGGAUCAUCUAAAGAGCAAACGAGAUCCUGUCGACAUUAUCGACCCGAAGCUCCACGGCCAUUUGGAUGAACAAAUUCAAGAAACGCUGCAGACACUCGGAAUAGCACUUCUCUGCACUAGCAACAGGCCGGAGGAUCGGCCGAUGAUGAAAGAUGUGGUAGCCUUGCUGACGGAAAUUAGGCAUGAGCAAGUUUCAUCGGGACAUGAUCAAGCUCCCAAACCUGCAGCUAGAAAAUUACCCGGCAGCCCUGCUCGGACGUCCCCUAAUCAUCCCCCUCUACCAUACUCGUCUUCCUCCACAAACACUGUAGAGAUUUAGGAUACAGUCAGUAGUUUGUUUAGCACAGUAGUUACUCAAACAAAAGCAGAUGUCAAGAAACUAUAAAUCAAUAUCAUGAUUCCAUUAGAGUC